GCCAAAUUGACCAAUUAUAAUGGAUCCAAACGGUAACAACAUGUUGAGGUGGGAGGCAAUAAGAGUGGGGUCGUUGGGCGGGCUGGAGGAGCUGUUUGAAGCGUACGGAGUUCGAUACUACACGGCUGCAAAAAUAGGGGAGCUCGGCUUUACGGCCAGCACGCUUUUGGACAUGAAAGACGAGGAGCUCGACCAAAUGAUGGACACUCUCUCCCACAUUUUCCGGUGGGAUUUGCUCGUUGGAGAGAGGUACGGCAUUAAGGCUGCCGUCAGGGCCCACCGCCGCAGACAACAAGGGUUUGUGGAGAAGCAUAACAAGGAGGCCGCGGGGGGAAGCAGGUGGGAGAUGGUGGGGCCCGGUGAGCGAAAUCCGAGAAUGAAGAAGAAUAUGAAUAAUGAUAAGAGACGAGCGAGCCCCAUGGCCGCGGAUGGUCAUCAUGACAACGAGAGUGAGGCAACCGGAGAUGAUGAUAAUUAUGACGAGAUUAAUGGUGGCGCCGAGCAACGACAGAGAGAGCACCCCUUCAUAGUAACCGAGCCUGGUGAGGUGGCUCGUGGAAAAAAGAACGGCCUCGAUUAUCUCUUCUAUCUCUACGAGCUUUGCCGUGACCUCUUGAUCCAAGUUCAAAAUAUUGCUAGAGAGAAAGGUGAAAAAUGCCCUACCAAGGUGACGAACGAGGUGUUUAGGUACGCGAAAUCAGUGGGUGCGAAUCACAUCAACAAGCCAAAAAUGCGACACUACGUGCACUGCUACGCACUGCACUGCCUUGAUCAGGCGACCUCUGACAAUCUGCGCAGAGCAUUCAAAGAGAGGAGAGAGAAUGUGGGGGCUUGGCGGCAGGCUUGCUACAUGCCCCUUGUGGCGAUAGCUGCCGCCAGGCAUGGAUGGGACAUUGACGCCCUCUUUAACACUCACUCACACCUCUCCAUUUGGUACGUCCCUACUAAGCUCCGUCAGCUCUGCCAUGCCGAGAGAAGCAAUGCCGCCUCAACCUCUGGAGACAACUUGCCGCCCUUCUAGAGACCUAUCGACUUUGGUGAAAUUUGUUUUCAUUCAACUUGUGUUAUGUUUCGGUUUGAUGUUUGUUACGCUUAACUUUUAUGGUAAUUGGGUAGAAGUACUUACUAUUGUUGUGAGUUUUGAUGAUGAUUAUGUUCCGGUUUGGUGUUUGUUACGUUAACUUUUUCUAGUUAAUGAGCGAAGUUACUUCCUAUGGUUGUGA